CCGUCCAAAACCUCUAUAUCCUCUUCUUCUUCCUCUCCGUUUCCCUAUUGCGCUUAUUCACUCCAUUCUGUUUCUUUCUCCUCUACUCACUGUUCUCUGCUUUUCUUCUUCUUCUUGCUUUUUCCUCUUCUUGUUUUUCUGCUUCUUGUCCUCCUUUCUAAUUACUUAUUCCACAAGCAAACACAAAUGCCGGCCGUGGGAGGAAUACCCGCCGGUGGCUCCGGCAAGGCCUACCCUGGAAAACUGACCCCCUACGUCACUGUGACAUGUAUCGUCGCGGCCAUGGGCGGUCUUAUUUUCGGCUACGAUAUCGGAAUCUCCGGCGGUGUGACGUCGAUGAACUCGUUUCUCGAGAAGUUUUUCCCGUCGGUGUACCGGAAGAAGAUGGCGGACAAGACCACGAACCAGUACUGCCAGUACGAUAGUCAGACGCUGACGAUGUUCACGUCGUCGCUCUACUUGGCCGCUCUGCUCUCCUCGCUUGUCGCCUCCGUAAUCACCCGCACUUUUGGUCGGAAACUCUCCAUGUCCUUCGGCGGUAUUCUCUUCUUGGCCGGCGCUCUCCUCAAUGGCUUCGCUCAGGAGGUGUGGAUGCUGAUUGUUGGCCGUAUCUUGCUCGGUUUCGGUAUCGGUUUCACCAAUCAGUCUGUGCCACUGUAUCUCUCCGAGAUGGCGCCGUACAAAUACAGAGGAGCAUUGAACAUCGGUUUCCAAUUAUCCAUCACAAUUGGUAUCCUUGUGGCCAACGUCCUUAACUACUUUUUCGCCAAGAUCGAGGGCGGUUGGGGAUGGCGGUUGAGCCUGGGUGGAGCCAUGGUCCCUGCUGCUAUAAUCAUUGUGGGUUCAUUUGCCCUCCCGGACACACCUAAUUCAUUGAUCGAGCGCGGCAAAGUAAAAGAGGCACGUGCCAAACUGCUGAAAAUCCGUGGCGUUACUGAUUCGGAAAUAGAAGAAGAAUUCAACGACCUAGUCGCGGCCAGUGAGGCGUCGAAGAAAGUGGAGAACCCGUGGAGAAAACUGUUGGAGAGGAAGUACAGGCCUCAAUUAAGCAUGGCCAUCUUGAUCCCCUUCUUCCAGCAGCUCACCGGGAUCAAUGUUAUCAUGUUUUACGCCCCGGUGUUGUUUAACACCAUCGGGUUCGGUGACGACGCCUCCCUCAUGUCCGCCGUCAUCACCGGAAUCGUCAAUGUAGGCGCUACUCUUGUGUCCAUCUACGGUGUUGAUAAGUGGGGCAGGAGGUUCCUCUUCCUUGAGGGUGGUGUUCAAAUGUUGAUAUGCCAGAUCGUUGUGGCGGCAGCAAUUGGUGCUAAGUUUGGAGUUGAUGGGAACCCAGGGGACUUGCCCAAGUGGUAUGCCAUAGUGGUGGUGCUGUUCAUCUGCAUGUACGUUGCCGGGUUCGCCUGGUCGUGGGGCCCACUCGGUUGGCUCGUGCCCAGUGAGAUUUUCCCACUUGAAAUCCGAUCAGCGGCUCAGAGUGUGAAUGUCUCGGUCAACAUGAUCUUCACAUUCGCGGUGGCUCAAAUCUUCUUGACCAUGCUCUGCCACUUGAAGUUUGGCCUGUUUAUCUUCUUUGCUUUCUUUGUGGUUGUUAUGUCCCUCUUCGUCUUGAACUUCUUGCCUGAGACCAAGGGAAUUCCGAUUGAGGAGAUGACCCGGAUAUGGGGGACCCACUGGUACUGGAAAAGGUUUGUCGCCGCUGAAGAAGAAGAUUACCCCAACGGUGGUCACGUGGAAAUUAUCGGCAAGGCUGUUUAGUUUUAGAGCAAAAUGGGUCUUCUUUUUUUUUUUUUUUUUAUUGUUUCUUUUUAGCUCUUGAUUUUCUAAAGCUCGUACAUACUAUAAUUGAUUUGGAUGUCAACGGUUAUUUUUCUUUUCAUCAAAUUUGUGUUCUGUUAUAAAUCUGUUUUAAUUUAAAAGGGGGGAAAAAAUGUUAUGUGAUCUGCCUAUUAAAUUGAACAUAGUCUAAUUCUAUUGCGCUUAA